UGACAGCCUAAUCUAACUCCCACUCACUACUCUGUCAACAGCACACCAAUAUAGCUGUCAACUUAGCUAACCCUGUAUAAGCUACCUAAAUACUAGAUACUACUAAAGUUACUUCCAUUAUACUGAGAAAUAUACCAUACCAGCAUGGCGUUAAUUUAUGGGACAUGUCGCGAAAUCCUGUUAGAAGGAGGCAAGUCCAUGACACCAUGAGUCCUCCAGUGCUGCCCAGAGUCUUCUGCUGUUGUCACAGGAAAAUCUGGCUGCAUUCAGCAACGAGAAGCGAACACUUCUUCGUUUGUCACCCUGUUAUUACCUGCCCCCAGAUGAUGCUAUGGAAGGACAAACAUAAUGAAUAGAUAUACUACCAUCAGGCAGCUUGGGGAUGGCACCUACGGCUCAGUCAUCCUUGGCCGCAGUCUGGAAUCAGGAGAACUAGUUGCCAUAAAGAAAAUGAAAAGAAAAUUCUACUCCUGGGAAGAAUGCAUGAACCUUCGUGAAGUCAAGUCCCUAAAGAAACUCAACCAUGCAAAUGUGAUCAAACUUAAGGAGGUAAUUCGAGAAAAUGAUCACUUGUACUUCAUAUUUGAGUACAUGAAGGAAAAUUUAUAUCAGCUUAUGAAAGACAGGACUCGGUUGUUUCCUGAAUCUGCUGUAAGAAAUAUUAUGUUUCAGAUACUACAGGGGCUCGCGUUCAUUCAUAAGCAUGGGUUUUUCCACAGGGACAUGAAACCCGAGAAUCUUCUGUGCAUGGGCCCAGAGCUGGUGAAAAUAGCUGACUUUGGGCUUGCCCGUGAGAUCAGAUCUCGGCCACCAUACACAGACUAUGUCUCGACUAGAUGGUACAGAGCCCCAGAGGUGCUCCUCAGAUCCACAUCCUACAGUUCACCCAUAGAUCAGUGGGCAGUCGGCUGCAUCAUGGCAGAGCUUUAUACCCUCAGGCCUCUUUUUCCAGGUUCCAGUGAAGUGGACACCAUAUUCAAGAUUUGCCAAGUCUUGGGUACACCAAAGAAGGUAAUGUUCAUCAUGUGGAACACACACCAAAAAAACAAAACCAAAAAUUAA